CUACACAAACAAUUAUUUUGAGCAAACGAACAAGAUCACUUUCGCCAUCCAGCGGUGUGAUACAGUAAGUUGCGUGUACCGACGUCUAUGGAAUAUAGACUUUAAGUAUCAAACACAAUGAAAUGUAAAAUAUGUACCAGAACUAUACAUUUUAAAAAUAUAUAAUGAAUUACAUAAAAGUAAAUCUCCCCUCGGGAUUAAUACGAUAUAUUGUAUCUUAAAAAGAAAAACUUUUUGUAAUUGCAGUUUGAUUAAACAUAAAGGAACCGCCCCAGAAUGAGAGAAAUAUGAAGUGUAUGAACCUCAAAUAAAAAAACGAUUCACUGGGGAGAAAGUUUUGGAUAAAAAGCAUCUAAUGAAUAAAUCUAGCUUCCCAUCUUUCUUCGUAGCUGCAAACCUUUAUCUACACAGUGAUGGUGGUCUGCAAACACUAGAUUCCGCAAAUAUUACAUAGACUUAAUAAGCCAAUUACCUGUAGACAUAUAAUUCUUGAACAACUUGAAGGAAAAAAUAAUUGAGUUGUGUUUAAUGACAUUUCUGACAAUAACAAAAGCUAAAUAAUUUUAAUGCUGAGAGACAUCUGCUGCCAUAGGUUGUCAUUUUACAUAACGUGUGUUAUAAUAGCCUGCUAGACGUUUGGGAUGUUUUUUGAUAAGUCGUUAAAUAUCGUUCACGCCCUAGAAAAUCAUUGUUGUUAUUCUCAUUGGCUUUCAGAAGUGAAAGGUUAAUCGGUGGCUCUAGGACAUAGGAUCUGCGAGUUCUGAUUUAGUAGUUAACGCCGAUGCGAACUGUAUUUGUCUGCUAUGACACAGAAAUACAAGCCUUAAAAAAAGAUAUCGUCGUAUUAUUUUUCGGUUCUUGUAACAUAUCCCAGUCUACAAUAAAGAAUAUAAAAAGCCUGACCCGAAAAAUAUAUAUAACUCUUUAUUUCCUCCAAAUGGCACACGGGAAAAGGGCAGUAGAAACUUUACGUUUGUUAAUCAACUUGCGUUUAUUUUCUAAUGCCUACCCCGAUUUGUUUUGGUUAAACCGAUUCCAAAUACAAUUGCACGUCUUACACGUGAUGGAUUAAUAAUGCCACGACGUUUUAUCAGAAUAUCUAGGCAAACAGUAACAGCCCAAACUUCUCAAAUACAGCACGACCCGGAUGCGAUUGCCGGGCUGCGCCUGCUGGCGGAGGGAGGCCCGCUGCUGGGGGGCACCGUGCGAUCUGGCCGCUGCAGCAGCGGGGCACCGCUGGCUCGCCUCCUGCUUGUUUUUUCCUUUCUUUUACAAGUAUUUUGGUGCACUUUAAUGCCACAAUAGUCAGACUAAGAAGGCCAGAGGAAUCCCUAGUCCGUGUAUUUUGGUUGUGUAAAAUCCCUCAGAGUUUGGCGUGUUUUUUCAGAGUUUGGUCACCAGGCAGAGGGAUUUAAUCAGCCCGGGAGUCUGCGUGCUACCGCGCGAUUCUUUUACGCCGCUUUUGCGGUUCUUCAAUUCUGGGUGACGUCGAUGUGCUCCGCAGUCCCCAAAGUGCUGGGCCAUCGAGGCCUGAACCUCUCCCCUUUCUCAGCAGACCUGCGAGGAGCAGUCAGCGUGUCACCAUGAUGUUAUGAAAGUCCGGGAGCUGGAGAGGGAACCAGGGACGCCGAUGGCUGGAAGUAGAAGUCUAAUGGUCUUCUGAAGAAGCAUGGGAAGCGGCUGUAGCUGUAGAGACAAAGAUCCAGUCCCAGAUAACCAUCAGAACAAGUUUAAGGUCGUCAACGUGGACGACGAUGGUAACGAGCUGGGGUCGGGCGUCAUGGAGCUGACCGAAGGGGAGCUGGUGCUGCACACGCGCAGACGUUACACGGUCCGGUGGCCCUACCUGUGCCUGCGUCGCUAUGGAUACGACUCCAACCUCUUCUCCUUCGAGAGCGGCCGCCACUGUCAGACGGGCCAAGGCAUAUUCGCCUUUAAGUGCGUGCGGGCGGAGGAGAUCUUCAACAUGCUUCAGGACAUCAUGCACAACAACCGGAUCAGCGUGGUGGAGGAGGCGGUGCAGGAGGAGGCGGUGCAGGAGGAGGCGGUGCAGGAGGAGGCGGGGCCUAUGCCUCUACCCACAAGCUACCUUCUGCCUUUGGAGGCCAGUGGGGCUCCACUGUGCCCAUCGUUGGAAGGAGAUGCGUCGCGUCCAUCCAGCCGACACUCAUCUGCCCGGUUGCCGUCCGUGGGGACAGAGUCCACACACCCUCUGCUGGUCACUGACGAGAUGGUCCACACGUAUGUGAAUACCACAGUGGUUCAGCAAGAGGAUUGUGAGGCUAGUGGCCUCCACCCGCCGGUGGAGCUCAGGAUGUCUGACCCAGAGCCCCAGGUGCUCCUGGACCACAGCGGGGUGAAGUUCACGCUUGGGCCCACACCUGUCCAGAGGCAGCAGAUGGCCAAGAAAAAGCAACCGAACUCUGCAGAAGUGAACCAGGGAAGGAAUAUUCAGCCUGGCGGUGGUCCAGCAGAUGAAUCGGACAGUGAUAAGCUGAAGCAGUUCUCAGGAUCUCCUGGGUCUUCAGAGGAUCACCAGAAAGGGACAGUCCCUCCGACUCAAGGCAGCCAUUUGCUUGGCCCCGUCUCUGAUGACGCUGGCAGCAAGUGGAUUGCUCCGAGCUCAGAACCAUCCCCUUCUCCGGCACCGGUCUGGGUACGCCGUAAGCCUUGCUCAGAAGAACCACCAAAGACGACGUGCCUCAAUGGUCACCCCACGGCCCCCCAGACGGACCCAUCGCGCUGCUAUGUCAACACAGAGAGUGCCCUGAGGCCACACCCAUGGCGUGGACCCGAUCGUUCCCCUCCCUCCAUGUUCAGAUUCGAUCUCCACUGGCCCGGCUUGGACCCUCACCGGCAGCUCCACUACAUCGAGCUGGAGAUGGAGAGGGGCUCAGGCUCCAGCAGCCCCCACACUCCCUGCACCCCCACCCCACCCCUGGCGCCACCGGCGACCCGCCGCACAGAACUUUACGCCGUCAUCGACGUGGAGCGAACGGUGGCCAUGUCCAACCUUCAGAAAGCGAUGCCGCGAGAGGAUGGGGCUUCAAGGAAGACGCGGCAUAACAGUAAUGAGCUGCCCGUGUGACUCACCCGGAGCUGCAGUCACACCAUGAAGAGCGCCUCCCCCAGGGCAGCUGGGGAACAACUCAUGGUGGGUUUUCCAGAAGAUGAACAGUCGCGACUCCUUAAACUUGGAUGAAUUAUUAUGUAUGUACUGUGUAUUUAGCCAAGGGAGAUGGUCCAGGAACUUCAUCCAUUGUCAUUUUCCUUCCUAUGGGAAUCUGCUACCAUUUACCAGUGAAUCGAACGCUAAUGUUCGGUCGUGUCGGGCCAAAGCUGAGGUUGAAGAAGGGGGGCUUUGUCGGUCACAUGGCACGAAUCAGUGAUGGCUGACCCGUCGUUUUCCGUUAUCUCAAAUUUCAGUAUCUGAAUACUCUGCAGUUUUGAAGUUUGAAAUUUUGUCAGAUUUUACAAGUUCAGAAUGUAGUAGUUCUGCUACAUUUGGAGCUCAGCUGGUUGUACUUGAAGUACUUUAAUUAGGCGGCAUAUUUUCAUGCCCGUUGCUUGCAAGCUGGCAGUAAGUUAUUUUUUACUAAAGGAUUGUAACUUUACAAAACUGUUUGCUCAUUAUGAUGCAUUUUAUUCUCCUCAUUAAAAAUUCAUAAUAAAUAUGAAAUGAUAAAAUAUGAUGCUGCACGUUUUCAUUUGGUUUUCAUAUGUGUAUAUUUUUUUUGAACAUUAAAGAUUUUCCUACUGAUUAUAGGAAUUGUGUAAAUUAUGGAAUAUUAUUUUUGACCAGUAAUGAAAGUGAAAUUUUACUGAAUGCUUCUCAUCUUGCUCUUAUCAGGGCUGUCCGGUGUUUUGUGUGUAAAUCUAAAACGGCUGGAAAUACCCCCAGACCACACCAGUUUGGAGGAAAAUGAUGAUUUGAUUUUGGAAUGAAAUAUGAAUGGAAAAAUUG